AUGUACAAUAAACGUAAUCGAGAGAGGAAAGAUGAUGAAAAUAGACUAUCGAAGACUGAGGAUGUAAGUGAUGAAAGUAUAAGCGAAUUUGAGGCGUCUGAGGAAUUCAUUCCCUCUAAAAGACAAAGAAAACAGACAUGUACGGAUACCUUUCAGCAGCAAUGGAUAGAUAAGUAUACUCCAACUAGAUCCGAAGACAUAUGUAUAAAUCCAAGGAAGUUGAAAGAGGUUAAGGAAACAUUAUCGAAUAUGAUAUCCGGAAUAGAUCCUACCAAGUUACUUAUUCUUACAGGGCCGUCGGGAAGCUCUAAAUCAACUACUAUAAAAGUUUUGGCAAAUGAGAUCAUUCCUCGUUCAGCGACAAGUAAUAACUUUGAAUCGUACAUGACGAGACAAGAAUCUACUCUGCAUGAUAAUUGGAUUGAGUAUAUUGACACCAUAGUCACUGAUACACCACAAUCGAAACAAUUCAGCGAAUUCUUGAACGAUGCAAGGUAUAGAAUAGGGUCAAACUUAUCUAUAAUACUCAUCGAGGAUUUACCAAAUAUAUUCCAUGCAGAUAUCUUGUCGAAGUUCAGAGGUAAUCUAAACGAAUGGGUUAAUACAGAUCACCAAUUACCGCCAUUAGUGCUCUGUUUAAGUGAAAUAGAACUAACGCAAGAACAAAGAAAUCAAGAUUAUUUUAAUAUCGAAAAUAACUUGACUGUGGAUACCUUAUUGGGAAGAGAGUUUUUAAGUCAACGUGGGAAGGUCAAGCAAAUUAAAUUCAAUUCGAUUGCAGCUUCAUUUAUGAAAAAGUCGAUGAAUAAAAUCGUUAAUGAAGAAAGAAGGGCGUUUAACGGUAUCGCAAAGACUAGCAUUAACGACUUUUCAAGUCACAUAAUUGAAAGUGGUGAUAUACGAUCGGCGAUAUCAAAUUUACAAUUCUGGUCUGGGUUAUCUAAGAAAGGAAGGGGAGAAAUUUUCAAUUCAUUACGAGAGAAUCAACUAAAUUUAUUUCAUGCUAUAGGAAAAGUGAUAUAUUCAAGCUCUAAAUACCGGGAUUUAGAUGAGGAAGAAUCAGAUUACCUAUCGAUAAAGACUGUAUUAGACAAUUAUGGAAAUAAUUCACUAUUAAAUUUGUCGAUACUAGAGAAUUAUCAUAUAUACAAUGACCUGAAUUAUGGGAUAGAGAUUGCGAGCGAAAUUACUAACAACCUAAGCAUAAGUGACAUUUUGAAUAACUUUGAUGAAGGUAAAGAAACAGGUAUACGAUCCACUCGGAAUCAAUUACGUAGGGUUAGCGGGAGACAAUCGCAACGUAUGAAUGUUAAGUUUCCUCGCCAUUUCAAGAUGAUAAAAGAAUAUAAUAAAACUAAGCGAGAAAUUGGUAUGUAUCGAAGUGUAGUUAAUGAAUGCCACACUUCAUUUAACGAUUUGAAUUUAAUCGAUGGCUAUUAUUUGCCGCUCAUUUAUAACAAGCAACAACACAAUAAAUUAAAAUACGGCAGGCUAGGUGGACUGUUCAAACAAAUCGUAUCUGACGGAGAUUUGCCUGUAUUGGAAGAAGAUAUAGCCUGCCUGUAUGCACAGGACCAAUUCCAGAGAGAUAUUGACGAUAAAAUGAAAACAGUACAAGAAGAUGAAGAAAUAUUGAGCGACCCCAUAGAGACGGACAUCGAUUCAGAUGACGAGAUAUUCAACGACUCGAUCGACGAAACCCAAAUCCACCGAUUAGUGACGCAGUCUCGAAGCCAAACGCACAAAUUGGAGUCGGAGGAUGAAUUUCUGUCGGACCCCGAGCUAGACCAACUCAUCCUGGCUAAAAACUACUAG